CCAGACCACAGGCAGUAGAUUGGCUUGGAGUCGUGGGGGCUGUGUUAAGGCCGAGCGGGUUCCGACCCGCGCGCCCUGCCCCGUCAGUAGAUAUCAUCGUGUGGUUUGAAUCAGGAAUGAAAUCUUCUGAAAGCUGAGACCAGAAGACCUUUUGUUCAACAUGGACGACAAAAGACGGCGAGCCCGAGUGCAGGGAGCCUGGGCUGCUCCUGCUAAGAGCCAGGCUACUGCUCAGCCAGCUACUGCUGCUGGGAGUCAUCUCCAUCAGCCACCUGGACAGACCUGGAAGAACAAGGAGCAUCAUCUGUCUAACACAGAGUUUGUGUUCAAAGAACCCCAGGAGGUACUCCGCAGGGCCCCAGAACUACAAGUGAUUGACAGGGAGGGUGUGUAUGAAAUCAGCCUGUCACCCACAGGCAUAUCUAGGGUGUGUUUGUAUCCUGGUUUUGUUGAUUUGGAAGAAGCCAACUGGAUAUUGGAGCAGCUUUGUCGGGAUGUUCCCUGGAAACAGAGAAAGGGCAUCAGGGAGGAUGUAACUUAUCCUCAGCCAAGACUUACAGCAUGGUACGGAGAACUUCCUUACACUUACUCAAGAAUCACUAUGGAACCAAAUCCUCACUGGCAUCCCGUGCUGAGCACACUGAAGAACCGCAUUGAAGAGAAUACAGGCCACACCUUCAACUCCUUGCUCUGCAAUCUCUACCGAGAUGAGAAGGACAGUGUGGAUUGGCACAGCGAUGAUGAGCCCUCACUGGGGAGGUGCCCCAUCAUUGCCUCACUCAGUUUUGGUGCCACACGCACUUUUGAGAUGAGGAAGAAGCCCCCACCUGAAGAGAAUGGAGACUACACAUACGUGGAAAGAGUGAAGAUACCCUUGGAUCAUGGGACCUUGUUAAUUAUGGAAGGAGCCACACAAGCUGACUGGCAGCAUCGAGUGCCCAAGGAAUACCACUCCAGAGAACCAAGAGUAAACCUGACCUUUCGGACCGUUUAUCCAGACCCUAGAGGGGCACCCUGGUGAUGAGAGAUCUUUGCAGAGAAGCCUUAGUGAGUGCUGCAUGCUGAAUCACACCAACCAAACCCUCCACACUUCAAGGAGCUGCUCCAGCUGCUCUCCGAAUUGGCUGUUUGGAGGAUGGUGGCAUUUGUUUCUCAGCUCCGAGUCCUAUUAAAAGAGAACCACCAGCAGUUAACACUGGUAAUAUGUCUGCUGUGGGAACAGUUAUUGAGAAGCACAUCUAAAAUCGAGCACUAUCUUCGGGCAAAUUAAAAACUACUAUGGCUGUGCUCACAGAUGAUUUGGUCCAUAAACUAGUUUUCUCCUACCCUCCCCCUUUUAAUUUGAAGAAAUACAAAUGGCCUUGUGCCUCUGGGGAAAAUCUACACGUGUUUGUUCUUUAUGACGUUAGCAAAGUGGAGACAUAAAUAUGCGUCAGUGACUCUGGAGCCUUCCUCAAGCAGACAGCUGCUGAAACCCAAACAGACGUGGCUUCACGGGGCUUUGUUGAAGCUUGUCUUGACUCCUUACCAUCCUGGCUCCUGUAUUAUUGUAACGGAAAGCUGCAUAUUCAGGAGACACUGUGUUUAGCUGAGUCUCCCAGCCUGGCUAUUCCCAGGACACACUCAGGCCUCCAAAAGAGGGAAGGCAGUGUGCUCUAGUGCACGCUCAUAAUGUCCCCUCAAAGGGAGGAAUCACUGGAGAAGUAGCAGGCUGCAGCAUUGGCUGAAGAGCGGCAAAUGCCCCGUUAGUGACAGCUGUUCCACAUAGAUUAGUUUCCCCUGGAGAAUUACUUGAGUCAUUUAACCCCAAGCCAGAUAGAAGCAGGAGCAAUCCUGCAGGGAAUAGACUUGAUGACCUCAUGCUUCUCCUCACCUGAGAUUUUAGUAGCCCCAUGACUAAGGCUGUCUUCUGACUCAUUGUUCCCUUAUACAAGAGUUCCUAGGGUUCAAGGGUCUGUGAUGUCACCAAGGUUCCCAAAACAGAACAGAGUGACUGCCCCUUGUUGCAUCAUAAAAGCACAUGUUUCUGUGACCUCUUGACUCAGGAGCAGUGUGCCAGAUUAAACUCCAAACUAAAAUAAAGAAAAACCGAGAGAAAGACAGUGAAUUUAAGUGAAAGAAAGUAGCACAUAAGAGUUUGAGUUUCUCUCUGUGCCCGUGGGGAAAAUUUACAGUGCCUUCUUGGUUUUUAACCUGUUUCCAUUCCAUGCUAUAAGAGUGAUGAGCCCCAUGAUCAUAGGAAAGUGCCAAAAGCUGUGCAGGCUCCUGCCAGUGCUCAACCUGGCCAGGCUUUGUCUUCCAAGGCUCUCUGGCACCUUGCAUUGGAGCUUCAAAAAAAAAAAAAAAAUGGCUAGAACCCUUC